CAUAUAAAAAAUUUUUCACUUUGUAGUGCCACGAGCCGAGAAACUCAACCAACCGGACGAAGUCGUAGAUUUGUGGCAAGUCAAUUUGAAAAUUCUAAAACUGAAGAAAAUAUCCGGAUCUUUGCAUCGGUCCGCAGUACCGACCAAAUCAUUGAAAUUCUGCCUACUAAUCAAAAAAAAAGAAUCCUGUUACGAAAAACUUCUCUACCGACUGCAAUAUACGAUCGACCCAUCACUUCCGCUGUGGGCAAUUUGAAGGCAAUAAAUCAAAAAUGGUUGGAAUUAACUAAACAACUGCUUGAUGAUAAACAUAAAAAGGAAGUACAAAUAUAUAGCUGA